AUGAAGGUCGUUGUGUUCCUCCUAGUUUUCGUGUGUUGUUUCCAUCAAAUAUGCAGUUUCCAGCGCUCGAUCGUUGUCUUGAAAGCAUACAAGAAUAAUAGUGUAUCAGAUCAUCGCUGCAUUUAUUUGUCGAAAACAAGUCGAUUAGAUCCCUUCUUACAGACAACAAAAUUGAAACUGGUCAAUUUGGUGUCUUCUUCCAUCAAUGCACUUGAUCUCCCUGGUUUAUUGCCAACGCCACCGAUUUCUGUGUCCGUUCUGUGGGACAAUUUUCAAGAUUCCGAUAUAAUACAAUUAAAUCCAAAACUUUUAGUGAUUAUUUAUAAUGGAGAAUUAAAACUGAAAGUUGAAGUGUUAAUGGCUUCACAUGUUGCUGAUGUAUUUAAUCGGUCGGUAAUAUUUUUAGAUGCUGAUCAGUUCAGUGAUAUUAUUCUUAGUAAAUCUGGUCCUAUUACGGAUGAUAUUUUCCUUUCUGUUUCUCCAUUUACUCGUUCUACAAUCGCCUAUGAAAUUCUAAUUUGGAUUUUACUGUAUGUAUUUGUCACUACCGCCAUUUUACUGGCUGCAUGGAUGAUCGUUGUAAACUGUGAUGAAAUGCUGUUAGAGUUUACUCAACGUUACAGUGGAUUACCAAAAACUGGUAUAUGCUCAUAUUUGAUCAUUAUUGUGUUUCUACUGGUUGCAGUUAUAGCCUUAGUGAUAAGUUAUUUUUUCUAUGAUGUUAUUGUUUAUAUCCUGAUCACCGUGUUUGUAUUGAUGGGCACAUAUUCAAUCGCCUAUUUUCUCGUGUUUAUCACUCAACGUUGUAUUCCAUCGAUAAACAAAAUGAUAACAUGUGAUUCAAAAUUAUGUCGGAUUGUGGGUCUUAGGAAAGUACCUGUCUUAUUUCUGGUUGCUCUACCGAUUGCUUUGUCUAUUACAUUAACUUGGUUGGUAUUUCGUAAAGAUGAAAUGAUUGGUUGGCCCCUUCAAUCUGUUAUUGGAUUACUAUUGGUAUCAACUAUUCUUUCAGGUUCUUUGGUUGUACCAUCGGUUAAGUUAGACGAGUUUGAUAAGAAACACGGGGUGGAUUUUGAAAGCCGUGAUCGUCCAGAAUUUAAAAAUAAAUCUUAUGAAUUUAUCAAUAAGGAUGAUACUAUUACUGUAUACAAUAGACAAAGGGCUAAAUAUUUACGAUUAUUCUUACAACGUGCUUGUCAUUCACAACAUCAACAACAACAACACCAACAAUUACAACAAGCACGCUUGAUGCUACCUCCUGAACAAACAGAUACCGAUAUGAUGGAAUCGGAGACAGUACUGCUCAAUAAUAAACGAUCAUUAACAAAUAAUAAACAUUCAAAUAAAUAUACCUCUACAUAUACAAACGGUGAUGUGAAUUUUAAAUCAUCUAAUCAUCGUAUCUCUUCGUUAACAUUCACUAAUAAAAGUUGUUUAAAGUCAUCUUCACAGAAAGUGUUUUACAAUUGCUAUGAAGCUAAUUCUUCCUCUGGAAAUGUUAAUAAUCGAGUAACAACCACUACGGAUAUUUCCAAUUCACAAAGUUCAACAGUUCAUGAAUCUAGACGAAAUAUGAAUCGGUUCAUGGAUCCGAUUACUGGUUUCGUUCAUGACACAUAUUCUCAUUCACAUUAUUUUACAAAAGGUGAACAACACGAUACCAAUAUGAACACACGAGGUCAAACAGCCUCAGAAACUGAAUAUUUUGAUCGUAUCAAUAGCGAUUUGGGAAGUGAUGUGGACUCUUCCUCUUGUCCGGAUGAAGUAGAAGCUCCAUCACCACCCACGUGUGGAAACGAAUUGCCUAAUUGGCAAAAUUCAAAUGCUAGAUCUGAUGUAAAUCUCGAUCCUAUACAAGGAAUUCCAAAAAGUGAUAAAACUCAAGUAUCAAGAAGAUCUUCUUAUAGUUGUCGCAAUAGAAAACACUAUUGUCCGAAAUGUCGUUCUCGUCCCAAUGUCUCGGUAUCAUCAAACACUGAUUCUGGUCCACUUAAUAGUGUCGAGGAAUUUAAUAAUGUCAAGAACAGCAAUGAUGGUAAAUCACUUGAAUCCGAAGAACUACCAUCGAAACCAGUAAGCAUUCCUACACAAGGCGACAAAAUUAUGUCGAAUAUAAAUGAAGAAAUAUUGCAUUCGGCGGUUACAUUUGAGCAAAAGGAUCAGCACUUGGAGGAUGAAGUAACUAAGGAAAAUUUGAGAAAUAUUCUUCUUAAAACUCAUUUGAAUAGAGAUUCAUAUGCUUAUGAUAAUCUGAAAUCUGCCAAGGAUGACACUGUUCGUUGUUAUAUGUGGGCUGGAGAGAAGUUGUCAAAAUUCAAUCUAACUAUGUUGGAUAUUGGAAAGAAUGUAAUCUAUGCUGUUGAACGACAAAAUGUUUCUUCGGAUUACAUAAUGCUUGCUUGUAUUGCUACAUUUCUAUUGCCUUUUGUAGCUGUCAUAUUUCACUCGACUAAUUCAACAAACAAUUCUGAUCACUUGAUAAUUAAUCCAUCGAAUGUACAAAAUAAUGAUGGUCAAUUUCUAUCAUCGUUUAUAACAGGAGAUAAUAUAUUAUUUCUUGAAAAUAAUAAUUCGCUAAAUCAAACAUUAUUUACACAUUUAUUUACUUCUAAUAAUUCUAUUUUUGGAAAUACUGUUAUCGGAUUGUAUAUACGUGCUAUAUUAAGCAUUUUCAAUCAUUUAUUUUCUUCUGUUCUACUAAAAAUGUACAAUUUAUUAAUUGGUGCUGAUGUACAAGCUUUUAAUUGUUCUCAACCUUAUUGUAUAAUAUUUUGGAAUAUUGUAACUGGACAAUUCUUUAUUAAUUGGUUCUCUAAACCAGAUAUACAAGGACGUUUGGUUAUCUUAAUUGGCUUCAUAUUAAGAUUCAAUGUGUAUGGUACGGUAUUCUUCCUGUUAUGCAUUGCUGAACGCACUUUUCAAGAGCGUUUACUUUACGCGAAAUACUUUUUUUCCUUAACAUCUGGACGUCGUGCUCUAAAAUAUCGAGUACCACAGUUUCGUCUGAAUAAAAUUGGUCAUAUAAAGUGUUGGUUAAUGCUUCGAUCGUAUUUAAAGAAACGUGGUCCACAACGAUCAGUUGAAAUUAUCAUGGCAACUGCAUUUUAUAUUGUCUUCACACUGGGUCUCAGUUUAUGUGCCCAACUUCUUUCAAAAAGUCGUGGAAGUGUUUUUCUUCAAUUGACUAAUUGGGAUAUCUUGGGUCUUACUUUUGGCAUUGUCAUCUUUCUCUAUCGUUUCAUUCUCCUUGGUACAAAAAUCACAAAGAAAUACCGUAACUUUUCUGUACUUAUAACUGAACAAAUCAAUCUCUAUUUGAGUAUGGAAAGUAAACCACAUAAAAAGGAAGAUUUAAUGCUUACAUUUCAAGUUCUACGCUUAGUUGAAAGUUUAUUAAAAGAAGUGGAUGGCCCAUUCCGUGUUUGUGGUUGGACAUUGAAUCCUUUAGUCUAUAAUAUAUUUAAAUUAGUUCUACUUUCAUGUGUAUCUACCCUGUUAUCAGAAUCAUUGGGUUUCAAACUGAAGUUAUACAAAUUAAAGUUGAAUCCAUCCAACUGGUAAAAUGGAAAGUAGACGAAGAAAACGAAACAGAGAAAAACUCAACGAAUUAUGUUUGCUUAUCUUUUUUGUAGAAAAAAAAAUUGAAAAAUAAAUAUCUAUCUAGCUAUCUUCAUUUUAGUUAUUUAUUUAUUUAUUUUAUGUGAAUACAAUAAACGUGUUUUUAGUUUCUUACAGUGAAUGAACAUGCAACAUGUAGACUCUGUAUUUGUGAAUUAGUUAAUUAAUCAGUUAAUUAAUUAGUUAAUCAAUGAAUCGGUUAUUUAUUAUUAUUAUUUAUUUCUACUUCUGAUCUUUUCUUUGUUAUCUCUCUCUCUCUCUCUCGUGAACAUAACUCAAAUCAUUUAGAGAGAGAGAGAGGGGGUGAGGACAAUCAUUUGAAAAUACAACGACCAACUUCCGGUUUUUUGAUUUCUUUCACAGUAUAUCACAUCUGUAUAACAAUGUUUCAUGUUGUUUACACAUUUAGCAGGGUAUACAUGCACAGUAUGAAUUUUUCUGUUUUUUUUUAAAAAAAAAACUAUUUCCAAUGUCAGUAUUUGUCCAUUACUUAAUAAAUAAUCUUUAUUUAUCUUAUGAUUAGUGUUUCAUUAGUGUCAUUUCUGAUGAGAAUGCCAUACUGCACUCAAACCAUCUAGUUAUUCCUUUCUUAACAUUGUGUGUCAGAUGAUGCUCUAUUCUACAUGUUUGUGUGUGUGUGUGUGCAGCAGGGUUCUGGGGGGGGAUUAACACACAUUCAUUCUUCAUUAUUUAUUUCUCUCUGACAAGAAAAAAUGUGAUAUAACUGUAAAAAUAGAAUAUUAGUAAUACGUUUCUAUACGAUUCUAAUUUUUAUUUAAAGGCUUAUAUCGUUGUUGUAAAAGGUAUUAAUGAUUUUGAGCUUGAUUUCCACCUUGUUUGUUUCUGAGAGUUGAAAAAAGCAGAAUCUCUCAUCCUCAACAUACAUACAUAUAUAAUAUAUUCAUUGUAAAACUUUGUCAUCCACCUUACACUUCCUCAUCGCCGCCCGCCUUCCAUUCAUUUGUUGAAAAUGUCAUUGAAGACUGUAAUUCUAGUCAUGAAGAACUUUUUACCCUUCUUCUUCGUCUUCAUACAACUUCUUUAUGCCUUUUUUUCCUGUGUCUAUACUUCCACUAAUUAAUAAUACACGUAGACAGUUGAUUUGUCUGUGUUAUCAUCAACAACAACAACAUUAUUAUUAUUAUUAUUGUUAUUAUCAGCUUCGAACAAAUAAAUGUCUUUUAGAAUAAAGAAUAAUACUAGUUAGCGCUGUAUUUAAAAAAAAAUACAAUUGCUCUAGCUAAUUCUUUUGUUUUGAUUUUUUUCUUUGUGUAAAAUUACAUUUCAUUUUGUGUACAAAAUACAACGAAAUUAGUUUCUGUUAAAUUGUUUUCUGAUUCACAUAUAAUCACGAAAUAAAGUUUGCUU